ACGCACCCCCCCCCGCACACACAGACAGAGCCACGCACAAACCCGCAGGCACAGCCCCCCCCCUCCCCAUCCCCUCCCGGCUCACACCAUGUUCCAGCCGUCCGCCAAGCGCUGCUUCACCAUCGAGUCUCUGGUGGGCAAAGACACCCCGCUGGGCCCCGAGGACCCCCCGCACCCCCCGCGCCCCGCAGCCCUCGCCUACCCCGGCCCCGCCGCCACCGACGCCGCCGCCGCCGCCUUCGCCCCCGGCUUCCAGGGAGCCGCCGCCGGCCGGGCCCUCUACGGCAGCGCCGAGCUCGUCUUCCCCGAGGCCGUGGGGCACCCGGCGCUGCCCGUCGGGCCCCAUCAGCUGGGGGGUUCGGCCCUCCCGCACCCCCAUUCCUUCUUCGGGCCGCAACACCGCGACCCGCUCAACUUCUACCCCUGGGUGUUGCGGAAUCGCUUCUUCGGGCACCGCUUCCAAGGGAGCGAGGUGUCCCAGGAGAGCCUGCUGCUCCACGGCCCCUUCGCCCGGAAACCCAAGCGCAUCCGCACCGCCUUCUCGCCGUCGCAGCUCCUGCGGCUGGAGCGGGCCUUCGAGAAGAACCACUACGUGGUGGGCGCCGAGCGCAAGCAGCUGGCCAGCAGCCUCAGCCUCUCCGAGACCCAGGUGAAAGUGUGGUUCCAGAACAGGCGGACGAAAUACAAACGGCAGAAGCUGGAGGAGGAAGGACCCGACUCGGAUCAGAAGAAGAAAGGUUCCCACCACAUCAACCGAUGGCGCCUCGCCACCAAGCAGUCGAGCGGAGAAGACAUCGACGUCACCUCCAACGACUAAGGCAGGGACAGGCUCCUGGUGCAGCCACCAUGGAGAGGAACCCGGGGGAGGAAGGGGGGACACAGGCGGCAUCACCAAACGAACUCUAGGGACGCCGCCGAAGCCGCCGCCGCCCGCUGCCUUUCCUGCGGGGCGCCCGGCCUGACCGGGGGCCCGCACCCCGUCCCCCCCCGCCGCCCGGGGCGUCCCUCGGAGGUGCUUUUCGGGAAGCUCCCGCCGCCGAGCCGAGGAGGAAGAGGAGGCUGCCAGGGCGCCCGCGGCCCCGGGACGCGACCGCGCAUCCUCCUCCGCGCUGGAAGCCGUCCGUCAGCCAUGAGAUCAAAUAAAAACGUCCUACCUAGAAGCUCAAUGUACCCAAUCCCUUUUUCUUUUUCCUUUUUAUUUUUCACUUUUUUUUUUUCCUCCCUCCUUUUCUCCUUUUUUUUUUUUUUUUUACAGUUUUAUUUUAAAUUAUUCUUUUAUUUUUGUGCCUGUGUGCGUGCGUUCCCUGUCGUAGGUAGUCAGCAGCUGUAGUGUGUGUUACUGCGUGGUAAUAAAAGGCAAAAUGCGC